GCACAUGGCGGUGCGAUACUCGUUACUUGAUGCUUGAAACCAGUGCGGUUUCCUAAGUUUAUUCAGUCUUCGUGCGAGACCCGCUAAGACAAGAUCUUUUUUGAUAAUGUUCAAUUCUUAUUGUGAAUAAUGCACCACGUGCACAAGUGAAAAUCAAAUUUUUUAAAACAAUUCAGUGAAACUUUAGUGAUGUAAUAAUACUUCUUCAAAUUGGAUUACAAUUUUUUUAAAAUCUAUUUACCGGCUAUGCAGAUAUCUCAGGGCAUAAUUUUUGGUCUGUUAUUAUUGGUCAGUGCCAGAGCGGCCAUAGUUCCUCCGCCUUGGGCAAAUCCAUCUAAUAAUCCUUGUGCAGCACAGCCAAGAGGUUGGCAACUUCUCUUUUGGCCAUUAGAUGGAAAAUGCUACACAAUAUUUCAGAUUGGAGCACCAUGCCCGAAAACAAUGGAGUUAGGACCUUCUGCUGAAGGAGGAGGAACCAUAGCGGAAUGCAGAUGCCCGCCAGGAACUGCUCAAUCAGCCAGAGAUAAGCUCUGUCAUCCAAUUUUCACUAGAGCUUCUUGUCCCGCUGGUCAAUUUUUCGCUCCAGUACCAGAAACUAAUUCAAGGAAAAGAUGGGGCGUCUGCCGAGAGCCAGAGACCUGUUCAGAAAAAGGUAACAUCUACUGGCCCAAAGAUGAAACAUGUUAUACAAAAUUGACAAGGGGACCAUGUCCAAAGGGAGAACUUUUGGUAAUUGGUCAAGAUGGUCUGGCUGUCUGUUCAUGUUCACAGCAAGGUGAAUUAAGUAGAUUUUACUGGCCAGCCGAAAGAGGAGGAUGUUUCGAACACUAUACUCAGGGGCCUUGCUCUGAACCAGGUGAACUAUUUUUACCUGGAGGUCAUUGCGGAUGUCAUUCUAAUCUACCUCAUUAUCAUGCACCAACAAAAAUGUGUUAUCCGUUAGGCACAAUAGGACCGUGUAAGAUUGGUCAACACUUUGUCGUCGAUCAGAAAAUUGAAACUGAAAUUUAUGAUAAACCUCUUCAAGCUACAUGUCAUUGUAAGCCAGGUCAUGUACCUUAUAAGAAUGGAUUUUGCUACAGGGAAUAUACUCGAGGACCAUGCCAAAGUGGAGAUAUGUUAGUGAAUUCGACAACGUGUGUCCCCCUACCUUGUAGACGUGGGAGACUUUAUUUUCCCCAGGAAAAGACGUGCUACAAAAUAGGAUCAAGAGGACCGUGUCCAAGUGAGCAAAUCGUACUUUAUGAUUACAGUACAAGACCAUCCAUUGAUGGGAUAAGUUACCGAGGUGUUUGUGGUUGUACCAAUGAUCUCAAAAACACUGGGAAAUGCUCAGAGGAUACGACAUUAAAUUGUGAAGAUUUCCCCGGCACAGCACUUCUUAAUAAUACUUGCUACAAACUUUAUACUCAGGGUCCUUGCACCGAAGGCGAAUGGCUUGUUGCUCAACGAAUUCCAAAAGGUGAUUUUUGGCAAAAGGAUAAAAUUCCCAAAGCGAGAUGUGAGUGUCAACCCGGAUAUACAAGAAUCAGUGAAAAUGAAACCACUGAUGUUGAAAACAAUAAUCUUAUUUCUCCAGGUGGUUGCCAACCACCUGCAGUUAGUCUUGCUAGAUUUUUAAAUGCCCGAGUGAGAUCUAUUGGAUUUUAAUAAAUAAGAAAAGAAAUUAUAAUAGUUGUGGAAUAUCAAUGGAGAAUUCACAAUAAUACUCAGAUAUAUAUAAUUUUAAAUGAGGAUACAAAAUUUGAUAUUCCACUACUAUAAAAUAAAAUCGUGCCAAAUGUUCAAACGUUACGGACUGAAUUUGCAUCAGUAAUUUCUCCGACACUUUAGUAGGUAUUUUUUAUGUUUUAAUACACCUACUGAUUAAGUAAAAUUCACUAAAAAUCAUUUAAAUUAAGAACUGUUGAUUUCAGUAAUUGGUCCUAAAUAUUUUAUUUCCUAAUAAUAAAAAUUCAAUGUAACUUACCUUUUCUUGACAAGCUAGAAUAUUUUACAGUUCAAUAUAGCCUAUAAUUUUUUUUUUAAAUCCAAGUCUAAAGCGUAUUUUUCUACUUCGACUGAUUAUACUUAAUAAAAAUUUUAAUAGCAGAAAAAUUAAGAAUUUUUAAACAAAACCUUAAGAUUCUAAAAAUAAAUUUUCAUAAAAUACUUAGGCAAAUUGAGAAAAAAAUAUUUGUAUAUUAUUGUAAAUAGCAUCGGACGCAUUUCACAUUUAUUUUGUGAAAAGAGAUUAAUUUUUACAUUAUGUCUUGUAUAUAUUAAUGUAAAAGAUGUCGAGAAAAAAUUAAAUAGUUUUGAAAUCUA